UCGUGCUCAAGUCCGCCGAGAUCUCGUGGCCAAACCCAUUGGCUCGAGAGACGUACGCGGCCAAGGCAAGUCUAUAUAAACCCCGGCACUUGUCCGUUGAAGACAUCCAGGCUGUUUGAAUUCCAUACCCGACCGGGGACCUUACAUUGUAGACUCCCAGAACCGCAACAUUUUGUAACUAUGUCUCACGGAUGGGGAUACGGAGCGGAUAACGGACCCGACAAAUGGGUCGAAAACUUCCCGAUCGCGGACGGACCCAGGCAGUCCCCCAUUGACAUCGUACCCAGCGCUGCGGAGUACGACUCCGCGCUGCAGCCGCUCACGCUGAAGUACGACCCCGCCACGUCCAAAGGCAUCCUCAACAGCGGCCACUCCUUCCAGGUGGACUUCGCCGACGACAACGACAGCUCAACGCUGACAGGGGGACCGAUAUCUGGGACAUACCGACUGCGCCAGUUCCACUUCCACUGGGGCGGCAGUGACGACAGGGGCUCUGAGCACACCAUCGAUGGCACCAAGUUUGCAGCAGAGUUGCACCUGGUCCACUGGAACACCAAGUACCCCAGCUUCGGCGAUGCUGCCAGCCAGCCUGACGGUUUGGCUGUGGUCGGAGUCUUCCUGAAGGUUGGAGAUGCCAACCCCCAGCUGCAGACAGUUCUUGAUGCAUUGGAUUCCAUCAAGUCCAAGGGUCAGCAGACCACUUUCGAGAACUUUGACCCCACCAUCCUGCUCCCUGGCUCUCUUGACUACUGGACAUAUGACGGGUCCCUGACCACACCCCCUCUGCUGGAGAGUGUCACCUGGAUAGUCCUGAAGGAGUCAAUCAGCGUCAGCUCUGACCAGAUGACCAAGUUCCGUAGCCUGCUCUUCACCCCCGAGGGAGCGGACCCGAAUGCUAUGGUGGACAACUACCGCCCGCCUCAGCCCCUCAAGGGCCGCAAGGUCCGCGCCUCCUUCCAGUGAUCACCUGGUGCUUAGUGCCGUCUCGCCUCUCGGACCAUCCCUUAGUGAGACGCCCAUCCAUGGAACCCUAUGGAGACCUACGGGUUCAGAUGUAGCUGUCUAUUGAUUCAAUGUGAAAGAUGCUCCUGGUGUUUCUCUCACACCCCACACGGCUGUGCUGUUUUAAGAAGCUUUGGAAGCAGGUCUCUUUUACCCUGCAGGUGUCCGCAGUAACAAGUCAGUGACCUUGCUAUAUGUAUUUUACAAGGCACUUCUAUAAGUGAUGGAUUUCCCCUGGUUUUGCAUCCGGUGCCAAUUCUGUAGAUUGCUACUUGGAUCUGUAGAUCUCCUUAGGAGACACCAAAACAAACAAACAAAACAAUGGAAUCAGCUCUGUAGGGGUCUCAGCAGAAAACAGCAAAAUGGAAAGGAUGCUGGACUCACUGGCUGCGAAACAUCAUGCCAUCUGCAGUACUGCUUCAGUCUGUCUGUAAUCUCUGACUUCUGGGCUACUGCAGAAUCUCAGCAGCUUAACGAGAUGCACUGAACCUCAAAAUCCCCUCUAGUGCGCACACACACACGCACGCACAUGCAUCCACACACACAUUCACAAGUUUUAUGCUGCCUGAGUUUAUUUGCACAGUGACGCAAUGAGUCCUGAAUACUUUGUUUUGUUUGUUUGUUUCUUAUUAUAUUUUAUUAGCAAUAAAUGGAUGGCUAAGUUAGUUUGGCAGCUUACUCAACAAAUGUUCUUUUUGUUUGUUUUUUUUAAGUGAUUUCUCAGUAAUGUUUUAUUACUGAAGCCUUUUCUGUGCUUCGCUGUUGCUGUUGUUAGAGGUCUGUUCAAAUACAAUACUUAAUGUUAUAAGCUGUCAGUCACAGUUGCUGUCAGUGCGAGGCCGGUAGGGCCAUCGCACAGAGCCUAGGUGAGAAAAUCUGCCCGACAACAGAUUGUAGCCUGUAGCUUCACUGAGACGUCAGGUCCUCCAGGUCAGGUCGCGAGUCCGGCAGAGUCAGGUUUGAACAAGUAAAGGGACCAGAGGAAUGUGUUAUUUUAGAGGGGUUAACUUCUUAAUUUAUUGAAUAAUAUGUCUGUCAAUUGAAACGUUUUAAUGACAAAGUUGAUUUUAUGCCUUACACAGAGCAAUGUUGUUAGGGUCAUCCUGGGAGUAAAAGUCUAGCAGUACAGCUAUUUUGAAAGAAAAUUUUAUUGAUGAAUAAAUAUAUUUUAUGACGA